CAAGAGUAUUAACUGGACCAUCAUUAAUAUUUGUUAGAACAAAGGUGAAUGUGACGCAAGAAGCAGAAGGAGCUAAAGAGAGAAGACUGACGCUUGAGUUAAGAGAGGUGGAGACGAUACCAGAAGAAGCUGUCAGGUCCAGAGAGAACGUACGGAUCAUGACGUUGAAUUAUGCCAUGAAGUCCUUCAGCCUUCUGUCGCCGACUUCUCUUUCUAAGCGUGUGACAGACGGUGUCUCUGCAAGUGCUUCCAUGACCCAGCAACUCCUGACGGUCAGGACUGCUCCGUCCAAACCUUUUCGGGUCACCAUUUUUGACCGCAGUGUGAAGAAAGGCAUCAUGGCAGAGAGUCUACAAGACCUCAUCAACAAGGCCAGGGACUCUCUGCAGGUGUCCUGUGACGGCAUCCUGGUGCUGGAGGAGGAUGGCACCGGGGUCGACACGGAGGACUUCUUCCUGACCCUGCCCAACAAUGCUGCCCUCAUGCUCCUGAACAAGGGCCAGAAGUGGACUCCUUCACAGUGUUCCAGCAGACUCCAGCACCGAAAAGAUGUGGCUCGAGUGACCUUUGAUCUGUACAAGAACAACCCGAAAGAUUUCAUUGGCUGUAUGAAUGUGAAGGCCACACUGUAUGGAGUGUACACAGUGUCCUACGACGUCCGCUGCUAUGCUGCCAAGACUAUGUUCAAGGAGAUGCUCAGGUGGACCUUGUUCUCCAUGCAGACCACAGGCCACCUCCUGCUGGGCUCUUCCUUCUACAUCGAGCAGAUGCUGGAUGAAGAGGAGCAGGCAGAGAAGGGACUGGCACUGCCUAAGAGCAGCAGGAUCAAGAAGCUGCAGUGUGCUCUGAUGGGCAAGACGGCCCAGUGACACCAGAUGCGGAGGUAGUCAUGCAUGGUCUGGACCCUGGAAAAUGUCACCUGUUGCAUCAUUUGAAUGAUGUCACGUGCACUAGUCGGUGGUGAAUGAUGUGCCUAGAAUGUAUGUAGUCCGUCCUUGUGGAAAACGGGAAAGACUGCAAUUUACUGCUGUCGUUUAACUAGCUUUGUUACACUUCCUGUUUAUCAGAAUGGCAAACAAUGCACAAACCUUUUCUCUGAAUGCACCUUUCUAUUGCUGUGGCUACUGCUGCUGUGGCUACUACUGCUGCUGGUAUGGCUUGUAUUAUAUACUGCACAAAACUGUUCUUUUUUUAUUUAUACGCUGAAAAAAAUAAAUGAUAUGGAUCACUGCA